ACAUUUUUAUGUGGUUUUUUAUGUGUUUUAGACUCCGCCUAUGGUUUUGACAGCUGAUUGUAAGCCAACUGGGAAGGAAUGCGCUGAAUACAGCGAUACACUUCAACAUUAUGUUUCUGUGCUUGUCCAUUAAAGGAAACCAGAGGAACCACACAACAUUUUUUUUUUCAUCUCCAUCUGACUAUUUUGGUAUCUUUUUUGCGACUCUGAGCUGACAACAAAAUUAUUUUACAGUAGGUGGACUGUACACCCUUCUCUACGAUAAACAUGUCAGGACUGUUAAGUGCACUCAUUCUCCUAAUUAUUCAAGGGUCGUUGGCUCAGCGCGUGAGGGUGGAGCCAGAAGUCGUGUCAUAUCCUGGUCAGACAGUGACACUGCGAUGCCAGUUUCCAAACCCAGGCAAAACCCAGCUCACUCAGGUGUUAUGGAUCUUUGAACGAACUGAUGUACAGCGGAUCCACAUAGCAGUUUUCCAUCCAAGUUUUGGAGUAAAUUACCCAAUGACAUCCCCUUUAUCAGGACGUGUCAGUUUUGAAACACUUCCACCCUCUUUGGAGAACCCAUCCAUUAAGAUCAGAGAACUGAAGAUGACCGAUGAGGGCCGAUAUAUUUGUGAAUAUGCCACCUACCCUUCUGGCAACGAACAGGGAGUCACUUCGCUGGUCCUGCUGGCUAAACCGAAGAACAUUGCUACAUCUGUCACCGUUACCGCCGGGAAAACCCCAGUCAUCGUGGCGCGCUGUGAAUCAUCCAAUGGCCGUCCAGCAGCGAAUAUUUCUUGGUCCACGGCGCUUAACGGAAACGUGACGAUGCCGAUUGAGACGAAGAAUCCAGAUAAUACGAUCACCGUCCAGAGUGCCUACAUGCUGGCUCCACAGCCGUCGGAUAAUGGCAAAGACAUCAACUGCACGGUGUCACACCGUACCAUGACCCAACCUGAGACCUUCCCGAUGAAACUUGUUGUUGAAUAUCCUCCCCAGGUGAAGAUCGUAGGGUAUGAUAACAACUGGUACAGGGGUCAGACAAAUGCAUAUUUGAUCUGUCAGGCAGACGGAAACCCUGUCCCCACCACUGUCACCUGGAAAACUUUGUCCGGACUGAUGCCUGAAACGGUGCAGGUGCAGGAAAAUCGGCUCGUUCUGCAGAAGGUGGAUGACACCAUCAACACCACCUUCAUCUGUGAGGUCAGAAACAGUCUGGGAUACGGCAGAGAUCAGAUCUCCCUCUUCGUGAGGGUAACUAGAAAUUACACAAGCUUCAGGAUGGAUCCAGCCUUUAUGAAGAUCUGAGAUGACCUGAGAGAUGAUGCCAAUCCUGCCGAGGACCUCAGAUGACGACAAACCUGAACCAACAUACAAAACUACCAAAUUUAGCUGUAAGUGAGACUGAAAUGUAUAAUCAUUUCUGGCAGGGUUUGACAUGAAAAGACUUGGCUUACAUUAACUUCCCAAAGAGUGAAGAAAAGUACCCCGCCAAAUUGACAAUGUUACCCACCACAGCUGAUUUUAAGUGGGUGUUUAUUUCAAACCCUGAAAACUGGUUUUUACUGUAUAUUUUUGCCAUAUGGACAUCACCUUGACAUAAUCAACACUGAAAAGCUACUCAUAAAUAUAAUGUAGAAACUUUAAUUUUCCGUGAAGCUUCUAUGCAGUGAUUUGCACCCCGAAAAUACAAAUAAAC